AUGACUAAUGAUGACCCGGAGGCGGGCAGUAGCGGCACCACCAGUCAUGUAAACCAUGUGCAUGGUAACAGCCUUGAUGGGAAUUUGAGGCCAGAAAUGGAAUGGGAUGGUGAGCAGCAGCAGCAGCAGCAACAGCAGCAGCAGCCAAUCAUCGCUUCUAUGCUGAUGCUGCAGCACUACCAGAAUCCUGGAGGCUUGCCCACUGGCUGGAGGGACCACUUCCCCUCAGUCAUCUCGCAACAACAGCAUUUCUUCUCGUGCAUCUCCCAGCGACAGCAACAUCCCGUGUGCAUGCACGAUCCACGCUCCUCGUCUAGUAAUCAUCCUGGUCAUCCCAUUCCUCGCCCAUCAGGAGAGCCCUUCAGGCCGGUUGUCUACUCUGGAGCUGCUACUACAGCGCAUGAGAGCACCGGAGUCCUGGGAGCUCCAUCUAUUCCUGCUGACGCAAACCAAGAUGUUUCGGCACGCGCAGUUGCCGCCCACGGCGAGGUUCUAGGAGCACCAAUUUCAGUACCAGAACGCCACCAGCAGCAGCCAGCCUCCUGUUACUCUGCCUCUGCUUCCCCUGCGAUUGCAUUUCCUGCCGCGUUUCAGCCUAGAGGUCUGGCCAUUUCGUCUGCAGCAGCUGCUGGCAUGCUGCCCAUCGGUCAAAUGGGAUCAGCUGUUGGGGUUGGUGGUGCUGCCUCUAGUACAGCCACAGCUGUUUUUCAACAGCCCAAUGUUCAGCUUCCCGGGUCGACAUUCGUUGCCUCUGUGCUCGUUGCCUCUGUGCUCGUUGCCUCUGUGCUCGUUGCCUCUGUGCUCGUUGCCUCUGUGCUCGAUGCCUCUGUGCUCGUUGCCUCUGUGCUCGUUGCCUCUGUGCUCGUUGCCUCUGUGCUCGUUGCCUCUGUGCUCGUUGCCUCUGUGCUCGUUGCCUCUGUGCUCGUUGCCUCUGUGCUCGUUGCCUCUGUGCUCGUUGCCUCUGUGCUCGUUGCCUCUGUGAUCGUUGCCUCUGUGCUCGUUGCCUCUGUGCUCGUUGCCUCUGUGCUCGUUGCCUCUGUGCUCGUUGCCUCUGCGCUCGUUGCCUCUGUGCUCGUUGCCUCUGUGCUCGUUGCCUCUGUGCUCGUUGCCUCUGUGCUCGUUGCCUCUGUGCUCGUUGCCUCUGCGCUCGUUGCAGCACAGGUCUGUGUGUCGCAGCAGGUCGCCACACCAGCUGCAUUGGAGUGUCUUCCAACCCAGUAG